GAAUCUUAACUUUGGUUACUAACAUAGAACUCGAAAAUUUAAAUAACAACAAUAGUGAAAAAAACGAAGAUGACAGUGAAGAAAUUUCUCUCAUUACCUACUAUAAGGCGCUAAAUGCUGUAAAGGUGCUGGAACAAUAUUUUAUACAACAGGAUCUAAGUGAUAAAGCCCAGUUAGACAACAAUCAAGCUCUAUUAAAUUUACAAAAGACAAUCAGAAAAAAUCAAA